AGCAGCAGCUGAAGUGGCCACACUGGGAGUUUGAUGGCUUCUUUGCGGCGAGUCAAAGUUCUGUUGGUGUUGAACUUGAUUGCAGUGGCUGGCUUUGUCCUCUUUCUGGCCAAGUGUAGACCCAUCACUGUCAAGAGCGGGGAUUCCUUCCAUGAAAUCCAUCCCAGGGCAGAAGUGGCCAACUUGACAGCCCAUGGCAUCAGCCCUAUCCAGGAUGCAGUACUGAAAAGGCUCUCCCUUCUAGAAGAUAUAGUCUACAGGCAGCUAAAUGGUUUGUCUAAGUCGCUUGGUCUCAUUGAAGGCUACGGUGGGCGUGGUAAAGGUGGGCUUCCUGCUACCCUUUCCCCGGCGGAGGAAGAGAAAGCUAAGGGGCCACACGAGAAAUAUGGCUAUAAUUCCUACCUCAGUGAGAAAAUUUCACUGGAUCGUUCCAUACCGGAUUAUCGUCCAACCAAGUGCAAAGAGCUGAAAUAUGCAAAGGAUCUGCCCCAGAUUUCCAUUAUUUUCAUCUUUGUGAAUGAAGCGUUGUCAGUGAUCCUGCGGUCAGUGCACAGCGCUGUUAAUCACACGCCAGCCCACCUCCUGAAAGAGAUUAUCCUUGUGGACGACAACAGCGAUGAAGAGGAAUUGAAGGCACCUCUGGAAGAGUACGUCAAUAAACGAUAUCCGGGGCUCGUGAAGGUGGUGCGCAACCAGAAAAGGGAAGGCCUGAUCCGAGCUCGAAUUGAAGGUUGGAAAGCCGCUACGGGCCACAUCACUGGAUUCUUUGAUGCCCAUGUGGAAUUCACUGCUGGCUGGGCUGAGCCAGUUCUUUCGCGAAUCCAAGAAAACCGGAAAAGGGUUAUUCUUCCGUCAAUCGACAAUAUCAAGCAGGACAACUUUGAGGUGCAGCGUUAUGAGAACUCUGCCCAUGGAUACAGCUGGGAGUUAUGGUGCAUGUACAUUAGCCCUCCCAAAGACUGGUGGGAUGCUGGUGACCCUUCACUGCCAAUCAGGACACCUGCUAUGAUUGGCUGUUCAUUUGUUGUAAACAGGAAGUUCUUUGGAGAAAUAGGUCUUCUGGAUCCUGGAAUGGAUGUAUAUGGAGGAGAGAACAUAGAGCUAGGAAUCAAGGUGUGGCUGUGUGGUGGCAGCAUGGAAGUCCUGCCGUGCUCCAGAGUUGCUCACAUUGAACGCAAGAAGAAGCCCUACAACAAUAACAUUGGUUUCUACACCAAGCGGAAUGCUUUGCGAGUGGCCGAAGUGUGGAUGGACGAUUACAAGUCUCACGUUUACAUUGCAUGGAACUUGCCACUGGAGAAUCCAGGCAUUGACAUUGGGGAUGUCUCGGAGAGAAAAGCAUUAAGAAAAAGCUUAAAGUGUAAGAAUUUCCAGUGGUACCUGGACCAUGUUUACCCAGAAAUGAGGAGAUACAAUAAUACUAUUGCCUAUGGGGAGCUUCGUAACAACAAAGCGAAAGAUGUAUGCCUUGACCAGGGUCCACAGGAGAACCACACAGCAAUACUGUAUCCAUGCCACGGCUGGGGACCUCAGCUUGCCCGCUACACCAAGGAGGGAUACCUUCACUUGGGGGCCCUUGGGACCACGACUCUGUUGCCUGAUACCCGCUGCCUGGUGGAUAACAUGAAAAGCCGGCUCCCUCAGCUCCUUGAUUGUGAAAAGGUCAAGAGCAGCCUCCAUAAACGCUGGAAUUUCAUACAGAAUGGUGCGAUCCUGAAUAAGGGGACUGGGCGCUGUCUGGAAGUGGAGAACAAAGGAAUGUCCGGCAUUGAUCUAAUUCUUCGCAGCUGCACGGGACAAAGAUGGACAAUUAAAAACUUCAUCAAGUAAAGGUGUAAGGGCCAGAGCAGUCUGAAGAACUUCACUCACAACACAAGUGACUUGGACCGAUCAGACCGGGAUCCUUUUCACAACUUUGGAAAGAAAGAAAUAUAAAAACAGAGCUUUAUUCACGGUAUCAGGAGAGGACCUUGGGGGAAGUGGGCAUUCGUGGGUUUUUUUUAUUGUAUAUUAGUCUCUCACAGCUGAUUCCAGCUGGGUGAAAUUGCGUCAGAACUGUUAUUUUCGUCUAGCAAGAGCUCUCAAGGUAUCACUUAUUUCUGCUGGAAUGAAGCCUGUGCAGUCUUAUGGACAGUUUAUUGACAGGGAAGUGCUGCUUUCACAAAUGACUUGAAGCUCUUAGCAAGGGGCAUCAAGGUUUAUACCAGGACCAGAGUUAAGAGACCUUGGACAAACCCACUGGUCAAGCAAGAGCAUUUGUCUGAAUAAAACAGAAAAAGAUUGCCAAGUUUGAAAGCCUAAAGUGAGCGGAGUUAAAGUUCUUAGGUGUUUUUAAAUGUCUCCUCUCUCCCUUUCUCUCACCCACCUUCUUCUUCAACCUGGGACAAGCAUGCUUUAAAGUGACAGAUCUCAAAGGCAUCUCCAAAUAGUCCCUUGAUUUCCCUCUCCCAACAGCAGGAUACCAACUAUACAUACAAAAUGAUGGGGCCUCAAUUAGCUGUUACAACUCAAGAAAGAAAUUUUGGCAUCAUCAUGGAUAGUUCUCUGAAAACAUCGGUGCAAUGUACUGGGGCAGUCAAAACAGCCAACAGGAGGUCAGGAACCGUUAAGGAAGGGAUAGAUAAUCAGACAGUAAAUAUCACAAUGCCAAUAUAGAAAUCCACGGUGCACCCACUUCUUCAAUACUGUGUCCGGUUCUGGUCGCCCCAUCUCAAAAAAGAUAUAUUAGAAUUGAAAAAGAUACCAAGAAGGGCAACAAAAUAUAAGGGGUAUAGCACAGCUUGCAUAUGAGGAGAGAUUAAAAAGACUGGGACUGCUCAGCUUAGCAGAGAGACAACUAAGGGAGGAGAUGAUAGAGGUCUACAAAAUCAUAAAUGAUGUGGAGAAAGUGACUAAGGAGGUGUUA